AUGGCAGCCGUACUUGUAGUGGAAACUCUGCACAUGGUUCCCGGAGACGGAGAUACAAGCUACGCUCGCAACUCCACUUUUUCAGAAAUAUUAUUUCCUUCUAUCCAGAUUACUAAUGUGGGCAUUUUCCAUGCAUCUACUAUACGUACUAUCCAGAGUGGCCUGCAAAGCAAGCUAAAGCCAAUGAUAGAGGAAGCCGUGGCAAGCCUGCUGAACGACAAUGGUGCCACUGCCAACGCAUACUCCGGUGGCAUGGCGAUCGCCGACCUGGGCUGUUCCUCCGGUCCAAACACGCUUGCGCUUGUGUCCACAGCCGUGGACGCCGUCCGCCGCCGCUGCUCGGAGCUCCAGCAGCAGCCAUUGGAGCUGUGCAUACACCUCAACGACCUCCCAAGCAACGACGCAUCCGAAGACCUGGUGAGGAACGGAAUCCCGUUUUACGACAGGGACGAGGCGGUGAGGCGUGCACGACGUUCCACAGUCAUCGAGGCCUAUGCUCGGCAGUUUAACGAUGACUUCACACGGAUCUUGCACAUGCGAGCUCAAGAGAUAAGUUCCUGGAGGCCGGAUGGUUUUCUCCCUUCUUGGGCAGAGUGCCAUUCUGUUUUUGGAAUUCACAAAUGCCAUCCUAUACACGAAAUGGCGUCAAAGGGUUUGAUCGAUAACGAGAAACUUGACUCUUUCUACGUACCAUUGUACGGGCCAUCAGAGAAGGAGCUGAGGGAGAUAAUAGAAGCUGAGGGUUCAUUUUCAAUCAACAAGAUGGCUAUCCAUGAGUAUCUUGAUCAGAAUGUCAUUCUCGCGCCAAAGACAAUUGCGCGCGCACUGAGAGCUAUAAUGGAGCCAAUCAUAGCGCAGCAUUUCGGGCCAUCAGCAGAUGCUAUGGAUGAGUUCUUAAGGAUCACGGACAAGCUCAUCGAGAUGUCGCCUCUAGAUGAGUUUCCAAGUAAAUCCGGCGCUUUCGUUGCUGCGUCCCUCACGAGGAGGACAUGA